AUGGGGCUUAGCGCGAUGCCCGACGAGAAGUAUCCAAGGUCUAUCGACCGAGCGGGACCAGACAAGGGAUAUUACAUUGCCAUGGGAUUGGUGAUGAGCGUGUGGAUGAUCACUCCUCUCAGUUGCGCAUAUCUCGUCUGGUACGCCAUCUUCGCUCCCUCCGUCGGCCUUACCGGCACAAUCUUCGCCGCCUACGCCAUCACGGAAGUGUUCUUCUCAAUACACCAACACUACCUCAUCCACCUUAUCCAGGUGCCGUGCGCACCGUCCACCCUUCCCCUUUCCGAGCGGCACCAACUCGUCAUCAAGGUCCUCCAGGCCGGUCUUAUCUACCCCGAACCCUCCGCACCUCUCGCCAACGUCGAGGACCCCGACCCUCUCUUCCCUAUGAAGCAGGAGCUUUACGCGCGGUAUACCGCCGGGAUAAUCAGUAAGGCGCAAUACCACCACCUGCUCGACGAGGAGUACGAGAAGAGUCUGGGCAUCCAAGAGCAAGGGAGGGUCGCGAAGAUGAGUCAGGGGGAGAAGGGGGUCAUCAACGCGUUUGUGGAGGAAAAGGAGGGGGAUAGGGAGCGGAGCCUGAGAGAGGAGGUCGAGGGGAAUGUAGGGAAGGGGUGGGAGGUCGAUAUGGAGGGCGUGUUUGAUGCAGACGGGAAGGUGGUCAGGCUGCACCCGUGGGAUAGGCGGGCUGUGGAGUUUAGGGAAAGGCUGAGGACAUGGUUCGACCACGCCCCCUGGGACUCGCUCAAGCGAGACAACAUCCUCAUCUGGGUCUCCUGGAUCUGCUUCACCCUGCCCCUCGAGACCGCGCUUCAGAACCCCGAGCACGGAGAGUUUCUAUACUGGACAUACUCCGUCGUCGAAGCUCGGACCGGUACCACCUUCCCCCCUGGCCAUAACCCCUCAAUCCGAACUAUCCGCUUCUCUCUCGACCCCGUCAAUGCCAAAUCCCGUCCUCUCAUUCUCUACGCCCUGAGCAACACCAUUAACUGGAUGAUCACCGACAUCCGGCUAUCCUAUCUCGGGAUGGGCCGAUACUCGCACGACGGGGUAGACUACCUCAUCCGGAUCCCGCCCGGAUGGACGCCCGAGAAAGGUCGGUCGGACCCCAAGGCGAUGCCUGUGCUUUACCUCUACGGGUUGGGUUUCGGUCUUCUCCAGAAUACCCUGCUCAUCCAGAAUCUACUCAAGAAGCUACCGACGCACCCCCUCGUCGUUCCUAUCCCGCAUCAUACUUCCAUGUCCUUCUUCAACAAAAGGCAUCUGCGGCCGUGGUCGAGGACGGAGUUUAUCCGGUGUAUCAAGGCGAUCAGUGAGAGGUGGGGCUUUUGGGAGGAGCCGCAGGAGGGUCAAGGCGGCACUGGGGCGGGAACGUGGGGAGGGUUGAGCGUCUUGAGCCAUAGUAAUGGGAGUGUGGCGCAUGGGUGGAUGCUCAAGGAUUGCCCUAGUAUGGUUCGGCGAAGUACAUUUGUCGAUCCUGUCGUGUUCUGCCUUUGGGAAGGCGAUGUGUGCCAUUCCUUCAUCUACCGCAAACCCAAUACCGCCCUUGAACUCCUCCUCUACUACUUCAUAGCAACCGAGCUCGGCAUCUCCAAUUACAUCCAGCGCCACUUUGACUGGGCCGACAACGCCCUGUUCCUAGACGAAAUCCCCCAUCUCUCCGAUCCGGCACUCUGCCAAAUCUUCCUCGGCGCCAAAGACAUCAUCGUCGAUGCCAAGCGCGUCCGGCGGUAUUUCGAGAAUCACGACGUGAAGGUGGGCGGUGGGUUGUGGUGGGAUGAAAAGGGGAAUCAUGGGGAUGGAUUGAGCGGGAUGAGUGGGGAUAGGGUGGUGGCGUUUGCGGGGACGGGGAGUGUGGGUGGAUGGGAAGGGAUUGCGGGGAAGGGUCAGAGGCAGAUGGGGUGGGGGAGGAGACGGAGGGAAGAGGAGGGCGCGAGCGAUAGUGAUAGGACGUAUGUGGAUGAGGGGCGGAAGGAUAUCUAG